AUGUCGUCACGAUUUCUGGUGUCAUCCAGUAGAAUUUCUACGCAUCGUCGGUGUGACAAUUGUGGUGUUACUAUCGAUUACGUGGUUUGGAAACAAUGUACAGUAUGCGAAGUGUUUGAUUUAUGUCCUACAUGUGCUAAACCUGAUUAUGCUGAAUUACUACCUGAAACACAUAAUCAUCAUGAAUACUGGCAUCAAAAACUAUCGAAAACUGAGCCAAUAACUGACGAGUGCCUGAAGUGGUUACCGGUCGAAGAAGCUGAAAAAAAUGGAAGAGAAGCUCGAAAGAAAAUAAAACAAAAAAAAUAUGAGCAGAUACAAAAGGAGAAAAAAAUCGAAAAUGAUUAUGAAGUGUACAUAGUUACAGAAAGGUUAAAGCAACUGGCCAAUGAAUUAUCAACAACACCCCAAGAAACAGAAUUGAAUCAAUUGAAUGCAUUGAUUGCCGGAUACCAUUUGCAAUCAUUUCAACGGAACAUACGUGUACUCAGCUUAGACGGUGGUGGUGUACGUGGUUACAUGCCUAUCAAAAUUCUUGCUCAACUUAUAGCAGAAAAAUUUCUCUCAAGCCCUCAACAAUUUAAUCCUAACGAUGCAGCUCACAAGGAACAAUUUAAAACAGCUCAGUUGCGCUUUACGGAUCAGUUUGAUUAUUUGGUCGGUACCAGUACCGGUGGACUCAUCGCCUUUUGUUUGGCUAUAAAUCAUAAUAUAUUAGAUAUGAUGGAUAUCUAUGCAAACUCUUCUUAUUAUUUCAAGCGCAACUAUUUGGGACCCUUGAUCUAUUCUAAAUAUGAUCCAUCUCGUAUACAUCAUAAGAUUGAUGAAAUAAUCAAUGGAAUUCAACUAAAAGAUGGUACUCGAUUAUCAGCUGAAAGUGCUACUUUACUUGAUAUUCAUAAUCUCUUGAACCCUGAUAAUACAAUUGAUGAUGAAAAAUCGAUAUCGAUCGUUCCAUAUCGUAGCAAUUCCUUAGAAUUUGUUGAUGAUAAGAUCUUUACAGAGGAUCUAGAGCCUAUUAAUGAACUUGGCAAUCUUUAUCGUGUCAAACGUGAAAAAGUAUUACUGAUUACUGCGUACAACACAACAACGGAUAGUAUGGCAAUAUUUAAUACAAGUUAUGCUAAGCAUUGGGGCUAUCGUAUUGCAGAUGUAUUAAAAGCUACUAUGGCCGCUCCAACUUAUUUUCCACCAUAUGAAGUAUGCAGUGGAAAGAAACAUAAUGAACAUUUCGUGAAAGAUGGCACACCCGAAUUAUAUAUUGAUGGCGGUGUAUUUGCUAACGAUCCAGAGUUAGCUGCGUUAUGGGCAAUACGAAUGCAAUGGAAAAAGUCAGUCAAUUAUCAUUUACUUUCGAUUGGUACAGGUUGUUAUAAUACAACACUAUCAUCAUCUACAUGGGGUGCUGCUACUCCUACAACUGAUGAACAAACAGUCACAGGUGUUUUAAAUCGCCAUAAUUGGACUGAUAUUGGAGCAGUGAUUGAUGUUACUGGAAGUAUGUCUGGUUGUUAUGCUCAGAUUAAUCAAUGGGUAGCUUUGAGUCACUCGAAUAAACUCGUUCAAUGUUUUGUCUUUUUCAAUGAUGGUGAUGAUACUCCAGAUGCAGAUAAAGUCAUCGGAUCUACAGGUGGACUCUAUGGUGUAUACACAAGAGAAGGAAUGGCGAAAGUUUUGGAAACUUUAAAUACAGCUAAGAUGAAUGGAAAUGGUGGGGAUAGUUCUGAAAAUGACGUUGAAGCUAUCAUCUUUACAAUCACUGGUUGUCCUACAUGUGAAAAUAUUAUCCAUAUUGCUGAUAAUGAAGCAACACCUAGAGAUCUGAUUCUUUUAGACAGAGUUACCAAGCCGGUCAAAGUGAUUGUCUGUAAACUUUCCUCAAGUAGUCUUGUAAAUCCAAAGUUGUUAGAUAUUGCCUACAAAACUGGUGGCUCUUUGCAUACAUUGGAUUUGGAUGUUGAAACAUUAGGAUCUGUGAAAGUUGGUGAUACAAUCAAAGUUGGUACAGGCACUUAUCGGCUGGAAGCAUCUGGAUUUGUACGAAUUGCUUAA